CGAAUGCAAGGUACAGUCAUACACAAAUGCACAAGUUAGAGAACUUCAUUAGAGAAAGCUUAAUUUUUUACGAUUGGGCCCACCAAGUACACCAAGAAGAAGAUGGAGCCCAAUGAAGAUGUCAACAUCCUGUUUCUCUGCCAACUUUGAGAACACCUCGAUGAAGGCCAAGAAGUUCAUGCUCAAGACGGAGCGAGAGUCUCUCUCCAUCAAUGAGAUCGCAAUGACCAAGACCUACGCGUACUCGGGCGACAUUGAGCUCAACAUCGAGGUCCCUGAGGAGUUGGCCAAGGUCAACGCUACCUUUAACUCGGAGCUAAAAACAGAAAAAGACAAGAGGAUCAUGUACGAGGAGAGGUUGAUGUGGGGCGUGGACACCAACAUCGUGGUCCAGCCCGGCUUCACUGUCCGUGCUGAGCUGGCCGUCAAGGAGGCCAGCUUUAAUGGGGAGUUUGAGAUGAGCGUCACGUUUGAUGGGGAGGUAAAACUGUAUACACCCCAUGGAAGUAUAAAGUAUCAAACGGACUGUGCACCAAACACUGGAUAUUAUCUCAUUCCACUCCAUGAUAAAGGGGAUUAUAUUUUAAAGGCUGAGCCACCAAAGGGUUGGGGAUUUGAACCUGCAAGUGUUGAGCUCAAAGUUGAUGGAGAAAAUGAUCCUUGCAGCAAAGGGGAAGACAUCAAUUUUAAGUUUACUGGAUUUUCCAUCAUGGGCAUUGUUGCCAGUUUGGGACAAACAUCAGGACCAGCUGAUGUGAAACUAGAUCUGAUAUCUUCUUUAAAGCCUGAUGUCUUACAGUCCACUCUCACAGAUGGGAAAGGAAGCUUUGUCUUCUCCAAUGUGAUGCCAGGAGACUACAAAAUUCUAGCUUCUCAUUCAUCAUGGCAGUUCAGCAAGGGUGAAGUCACUGUACAUGUGAAAAAUGACAAUGCUAAUGUUGGUACAGGACUGACCAUUGGAGGCUAUGAUGUCAGGGGUGAAGUUACAGGAGAUGGCCAGCCCAUGAAGUCUGUCAACUUUGUUUUAUUUUCUCAAAAUAAUCAGCCUACAAAUGUAGUUCAGUGUGAGAAAGGAUCACCCAAAGGUUUUCUGACAAAAGAAUCAAAGUUAACUCCACUUUGUUAUGUGACAUCUAAAGAUGAUGGGAGUUUUGUGUUUCCUGUGGUACCUUCUGGUUCUUAUUUCAUAAUUCCAUUUUACAAAGGAGAGCACAUCACAUUUGAUGUUGAGCCAGAGAAGCUAGAGUUUGAAGUUAGCCAUGGCUCAGUUAUACUGAAGGAAAAGUUUGAAAUUGCUGGCUUCUCUGUUAGUGGGAAAGUGCUUGAUAAAGAAAAUGGAGUGGGGAUUCCUAAAGCUACGAUCAUCAUAAAUGGCAAAGACCAAACCACAAGUGGAUCAGAUGGCUCAUUUAGUCUGGAGAACAUGAAGACUGGGGCCUAUAGGCUGACUGCUAGGGUUGAUAAUGUUGCUUUUGAGGAGAUGUCUGUGGAGAUCACACCCAAGACCCCACAGCUACCAAAUUUAAUUGCUUCAGGCUCUAACCCACUGAUCCUAACCCUCACUGCUAUCCAGCACCUUGCCCUGGGGACUGUGACCACGGACAUCCCUGUGGACGACAUAGUCAUCACCAUCAAGUCCUCUGUGGAUGAUAUCCCAACUGUCCUGGGUCCACUCAAGCCAAACACAACAGCAACAUCAGCAGCCAAAGCUUCAGCUGCCAGUGCUGAUAAGGAAAACAAGAAGCAGCCGACAACAAUAGUCUAUAACUUCUCACACUGGGCCAGGUCUGGUGAGACUCUGACUGUAUCAGCCAAGUCAUCUGAUGUCCUGUUUUACCCCAGCUCUGUUGAUGCUUUUAUCAGUGGUGAUGGGUGUCCAGGGAAGAUUGUUGAUUUGAUUGGUCGUAAAGGAGUGUUUAUUGAGGGUAAAAUAACACCGUCACUUAGCGGUGUCACAGUCACUGUGAGUGAUGAGAGUGGUACUAUGACACCCAUUGUCCUCAUCACAGACAGCCAAGGGAAGUACAGAGUUGGUCCCCUACAUGCUGACAAGAAAUAUCUGGUAGCUGCAGAGAAAGAAGGUUAUGUGAUGUCUAAAGAAAAGGAGGACUCCCUGCUAUUUAGAGCAUUUAAGCUAGGGGAAAUUGCAGUACAGAUGUUGGAUGAAAAAGGUCAGCCUCUGCCCAGUGUCCUUCUUUCUCUGAGUGGUGACCACCAGUACAGGUCCAAUAAUGUGACUGGGACAGAUGGUCACAUGAUUUUCACAGGCCUCAGCCCUGGUCAGUAUUUUCUCCGCCCAAUGAUGAAGGAAUACAAGUUUGAACCAGCCUCACAAAUCAUCAUUGUACAAGAGGGGACAACUGAGAAAAUUAGCAUCAAAGGUGCUAGGGUUGCCUUCAGCUGUUUUGGCAAAGUGACCUCCCUGAAUGGUGAACCUGAGCCUGGCAUCAUCAUAGAAGCUCUGGGCAAGGGUGACUGCAGCGUGUACCAGGAGGAGAGCAAGACAGAGACAGAUGGCUCCUACAGGAUCAGAGGGCUGCAGCCCAACUGUCUGUAUGACAUUCACCUCAAGUCUGGUGAAGUCAACACACACAUAGAGCGUACAGCACCUACUGCAAGACAGGUUCAGGUAUCAACUGCUGAUCUCCAAGACAUCAACAUCAUUGCUUUCCGUCGCAUGAAUCAAAUGGACAUCAGUGGCAAUAUCAGAACAAAUCUGAAAUUUUUACACACUCUCAAGGUGAGCCUAGUCAGUGAAGCCCAACCUGACACACCUAUACAUAUUGUGGCCCUCAGCAAGUCAUCUUUCUUCUUCCUGCCUACACUAGUGAUGGACAAUAAGAUUGUUGUGCUGUCUGCCAUGGUCAAGUUAACACUAGACUUUAUAGCUCGGGGCACAUCAGGAUAUACUCAAAAGAAAAGGGAUGAAACGCUUCCACAGUAUAUCAGAAGGCUGACUCAUUUGUACUUGGAAAACAAAAAUAUUGAUGAUGUUCGCCUGCCUGCAGGAGAACAGUUGUUAUUUGAUCCACGCACACUUAACGCACUCUCUGGUUGUUUGCAAGUUUUAAAUGUGUCUGGGAACCAUCUGACUGACAUCAACGAACUGAGCCAACUUUGCCACCUGAGCAGCCUGAUAGCAGCUGACAAUCUACUGAACGGCAUGAAGGAACUGGCACAGCUCUUGGCUACAUGGACCUCCCUGACUCGCCUGGAUCUCACAGGAGAUCUGCCUCCCUUACGUAGUGCCCCACUAAGGCAGAGAAGUAUUUCCAGUUAUGUCAUGGCAGGUUUACCACCCAAGCAGUUUGAUGACAUCCUAACUAUAUCAAAAACCCAUCAAAAACCUGGAGGUGGUUUACGAAGGCGUUUCAUGUUCCUGGUAAUGCUUCUUCUCUUGCGACUUCCAACAGCUAUGGGAAUUCCAGAAAAAGUAACAUAUGGCGCCUGCAUUGGCACAUUCCCAAACCGAACCUGCGAGGUUUUACGUAGUGAGGAAGGACAAGAUGAGUUUGGACACUUUGCUCCGUUUGGAUACUUUGCAAUAUUCAUUGCAUUAUUAAUUGCGAUGGUGUACGCUGGAUACCAGCGUCGAACGCAGCCAGCAGACUAUGCGCAAAGGAUUCCAAACGUAGGAGCACGGCAAUUCAAUGAUGGGAAUGUUGAACCACUGCCUGCUGAAGACCACCUAUGCGAGCCAAUGAAUGAUAUUAUGCUUGUAUUAGAUGCCUCCAGGAGUAUUGGGCCCAGACAAUUUGAGGAAAUUCUGUUUUUUAUCGUAUCCAUAAUACGAUCAUUUGAGCUAGACAGUCAAUCAGCAAGCUUUGCCAUUCUUAAAUACAGCACUGUUGUGCAUUUUAUCCAUGCCUUUAGCGAUGAGCAGGAGAGAAUUAAUCUGUCGAAGAAAGUCCUAAGCAUCACAUACUCAGGAAAAGAGACAUAUCUCUCAAGGGCUUUGACUUACAUAUUAACCAGAGAUUUGUUCAGCCCCUCUUAUGGCGGAAGAAGAAAAGCUGGAAAAAUAGUCUUCAUUGUAACAGAUGGGGUACCAAGAAAAGAUAGGCCACUAUGCAGAGAAAAAGCAGACCAAUUAAGGCAACUAGGAAUUCAUGUUCAAUGUUUAGGAGUCGGUCUACAAUCAUAUCAAUACUUGGUUGAUAUUUGCGGAAGCGCAGAUAAUGUUUUCAGAGCUGCAAAUUUCAUCCAAAUGCAUGCCCAAAUAACAAGUGUAGUCCAACGCUUAUGCAUGUAGGAUUGUAUUUGAUAUGAUGAACUAAGAGAAUUGGAUGUGUAAACAGAUGUAACUAUACACUGUGAAUAAAAUUUUUGAAAAUAAAAAAAACAUCUGAA